UCUAUUAUCAGACUCCACAGUCUUAAAAGGAAAUUGGUUCUGAUACUUGCUAUUUUAUAUCAUGCAGAUAGCUGAAAACCUAAGACAACAACCGAAAAAGUCGAAAUUUUUUCACGGUUGAACUGUUUCACGAAACUUUCAUCUUCAUUAACGGUCUUUUCAAGUUGUGUUGCAUUGUCGUUGUUAUUUAUCGAAGAUUUUGACAAAUACAGAAAGAAUCAAAGAAGAAACGAAGAAAAGACUUUUUCUUCGUUCAUUUCUUCAUGUGUAAUGGCGUAUGCUUUGACAGAUCUUGGCGUGCUACGGUGGGUGAUUGUUGUACAGUGCGUGGUUGAUGUGAAGUAAAAAAUAAGUAUAAACUAAAAUUAAUUAACCAAAAUGGCUGAUGAAAAUUACGCACGCAAUAUGAAAAAGAGUGGUUUGUUGUACAGACGAAAAAGGAAGUUGGAAGAUUUAAGAAAAGAAGAAGAGUGUGGUGCUGCUGCGGAAUUCGACUAUACCGAUACGACUGAUGGUAUGGUGCAACCAAACAGUGACAUUACAGCUAAACUUCUUGGUGAAGCAUCUUUUCAAGGGGAUGGCGAACAAUUUCCGCUGAUCUUUAGUCCAAACGAGGAAGAAGCCGAGAGUGGUAAAGAAGAAGCCGAGUGUGGUGAAGGUGAAGCUGAGAGUGUCGAAGGAGAAGCUGAGAGUGACGAAGAAGAAGAUGAGAUAGACGAAGGAGCUAUUGAUUUUGAUACAAUGUCAGUCUCUGAUUGUUUGCAUUAUUUUGCAUUGUAUACCAAUCAAAAGCACUCGGCGAUAAAUAUGUUGCUUAAGAUUUUGAGGACGAAGACUAAUUUUGCUCUCCCAAAAGAUGCCAGAACGCUUCUAAACACCAAUAGAAAGCGUCCAAAAAUAAAAGAUCUGGGAAAUGGUUCAUUCUGGAACCGUGGCAUUAGGAAAAGUCUAAUUCAAAGUUUACGAUUUGCAACAGUACCAGAAACACUAUCUUUAAACAUUUUCAUCGACGGGCUUCCGUUGCACAAAAGCAGUAAAAUACAAUUUUGGCCGAUCAUGAUCAACAUAAAGGAAAUGCCUCAGAUUGCCCCAAUCACAGCAGCUAUUUUUUGUGGGCGUACCAAACCAAAAGAUGUGAGAAGGUUUAUGAAACCACUGGUACAUGAGCUGAAUAUGUUAAUGGACGUUGGUAUGGUGCUGAAUAAUCGUCGAGUCACAAUUAAAGUACGGGCAAUAAUAGCGGAUUCUCCUGCCAGAGCUUUUUUAAAAGGUGUUGCAUAUUUCAAUGCAAAGGAGGGAUGUGCAAAGUGCACCUGCGAGGGAGAAUUCAAUGACGAAGGCAGAUGUACCAUUUUUAAGGAUACAAAUGCACCACUGAGAACGGAUCGUAACUUUCGUCGUAAGGUGUACGGAAAACAUCACAGGGAAGUAUCGCCUCUUCUAGGCUUGAAGAAUUUCGAUAUUAUUGAUGAUGUCAUAGUUGGUGACAAUCUUCAUUUAAUCGAUUUGGGGAUAAUGCGUAGAUUACUAUUAGGUUGGAGAGAUGGAAAACUAGGUCUUAGAACUAAAUGGUUUGCUAAACAGAUUGAAGAAAUAUCUAAAAAAAUUAUAAAAGUUAAACUGCCCAAAGAAAUCCAUCGAAAACUUGGUCCACUAGAAGACCUCAAAUUUUGGAAAGGUACCCAAUUCCAUAGUUUUUUUAACUAUCUUAGCAUUUAUAUUUUGAAAGAUAAUUUGCCUGAUAAAGAAUAUGAGCACUUCAAACUCUUGUUUUGUGCCAUAGUUUUGCUAUCUUCUGAAGUUUAUCGUUCUAAUUGGAAAAUCGCUGGUGAAAUGCUUAAGGUUUAUGUUGAAGAUUUCGGUAAACUGUACGGAGAGAAAUUUUUAACCAGUAAUGUGCACAACUUAAUUCACAUCUCAAAAGAAGUACAAAAGUUCGGUCCUUUACCUUCAAUUUCCACCUAUGAUUUUGAAAAUGCUCUGGGAGGUUUAAAAAAACAUCUUCGCAAAGCAGAUCAGCAUCUUCAACAAAUAGUAAAUAGACUAUCGGAAUUGGAAGCAUUUAGUCAUGAUUUACGUUCUAUGAAUCAUAAAGAAUUUUGCAUAUCAACCAAAACCAAACCAAAUGGGGAUACCAUCUUGCAAAUGAAAAAUUUUAUACUUUGUAAAGAUAACGGAAACGAAUGGUACAUGACAAAAGAUAAUAAGAUUGUCAAAUACACAAAGUCUUCAGAACAAAACAACAAAAAGAUAAGUAUAUUUGGACAAGAAAUAACCGACAAGACAGAUUAUUUUUUAUCACCAUUUCCAUCAAGAAUUAUAAACAUUUUUCUUGGCGAUCUUAAGAGCUUAAAUCCUAACGAACUAGUUUGUCAUCCUGGCGAUAUUAAAUGCAAAUUAGUUGCGUAUAGUGUAGAUAAUAGUUCUGAAUAUUUGUUUAUUCCAUUGUUGCACACGUUAACCUAAGUUUAAUUUCACGUAUUGAAAUAGAAAAUGUUAGAGCUAGAUUUAUGUAGUAAGUAAGGCAAAUAAAUGAAAGGUUUUAUGUUUCUUAAAUGUAGGCAAGAAUUUAUAUUAA